AUGGACAACACUGCGCAUGAUGAUUUUAUAGAGCCCCUGUGUCAGAUGGACCACGCGACGCAUGCAGAACGCGCGCAGGAGGAAUUCAGUGACAACGAUAAAGCUGUGUGCUGGUUAGCACUUAAAGCAUUAGGUUUCAAAAAUGGGAUUCAAUGGGAGAACCGCAGCACGCACUUGAAUAAUGUGGAAAAGCAGGAUGCUAAAAUAGAGGCGUAUAUGAAGUGUGUUUUAGUGAAUAUAUUUAUGAAGAGGAUAGUCGGGGAAAAAUGUUUGCGCACGGCUGGUGGCAAAAAUGCGUUUCAAGCCGCGCAGGAUUGGGUAAGGACCGGACCACGCAAGGAGCCUAAUAUGGAAUGUGAGCAGCAGGAAAGGAUGGACGGGACAGGGCGGAGGUCACAAGACACGCAAGAGUGGGAUUUAUGGCCCAUAAUGGAGAGAUGGAUUGAGAGGAAUAGGGAAUAUUAUAGAGAUGGGGAGGAGGGAGUAUUAGGGAAGGAAUGCACGGUAAACAUAGGAAAGAGUGCACGAGAAAUAAAGGAGGAAGCGAAGAAAGAAAUUGAGGUGGUGCGAAAAGAAAUAGAGGAAGAGGUGCAACAAAUAUUGGAAGAACUACAUAAAUCCAGCGGAGGCGAGAAGAUGAAGGAUAUAAUAGAGAGAGUGAAGCAAGGAAAUUCAUCUUCAACAAGUCGAAAAAACAACGAAAAGUCACCGAGGGAAGACCCGGACAGAUCAUCAUCAUCAAAGACAAGAUCAUCAUCACCUGGCACGCAACAACCGGGUACUGAAGGAAAAGUAGGUGGGGCCGUCGCCAAACACGCGGACGGCUCAAAACCAGCAGAUACAGCAACGCCGGAAACCACACGAUCGGGCGCAUCGCCAGGUUCAGGGGCCGCUAAGCCUGUGACACCAAAACCGGCAGCACCCGGGGGAUCAGGCGGAGGAUCAACGGAACAAAGCCCAGGUCAAGGACCAGGACCUGGACAACAACCCCCCCCACCUGCACCGGCAGGAGAAAACGGGACGAAGGGAACAGAGGCCCAAACGCCAAAGGAGCCUGUUACCCAUGACCAGACGGACAAAACUACAGGUAAGGAAACUACUUGUACCAAGGUUACGACUGUGUCCAGUGCUGGAGAAUCAUCCCCUGGAAAGAAUGCUGAUCGUAUUCAGGAGAACCUAGGUGGCACAGGGCAUUCUACAAUAUCUAUCUCUGUUCCAAUUACCACGCCCGAAUGUUCCGACAAAGGUAAAGAUUCUACCACAAGCACAAGUACACCGAAAACCUCGAUACCACCAGAACCAUCUGCACCCGCAGGUCCAGGCGCGGAUCCAGCAUUAACGGAGCCUGCCCCGAAAACAGCAGUUGAGGAAUCGGCACGUACAAAAACAACAGGAGCAGUAGAUGAAUCUACAGGAAAGGUAGAUCAACACGCACCUGACACUCCAUCGAUCCGUGAACCCGCGGAACCCGGUGAAAAGGGGAAACCCAGUUCAACCGGUGACACCUCCAAGAGUCCGCCCCUGCAGGAUGCCGCACCUACGAUACAUAAGGGCAAUGAUGACCCCCCUCCUCUGAAUCCACCCAAACCCAAACCGAACCCGAACCCCGAUCAGAUGGGGUCGAGCGGCACUCUUCCCGAUGGCCAGGUACCAAGUAGUUCGGGAGAAGGUACUGAACAGGGUGGAGGAGGAGGCGGAGGUGGGGCAGGAAGUGGAAGUUCCUCAUCCUCAGGAUCCGGUUCUACUGGUCACCAAAACCCUGGUUCUUCAGGACCAGGCACCGCAGGAGAACAUUUGGGUGCAGGUAGUCCGGCAGGAGGAGAUGCACCAAAGGAAGAUAAUGGAAGUGGUUUAACAAAAACAGAAGAGAAGACAGAACUAAUGAAUGACCAAAGUACCUCCUGGCCCGGCCGCAGAUGGGAAGAUAUCAAGCCGUACACCCCCGCGAUGAUCCCCGCGGUGGUUGGUAUUGCGGUGAUUGCCUUUUUCCUGUGGAAGUACUUUGCGUACCUGGCCAAACGACGACGAAAGUUUCGAACCGUUCGUGACGUGCCGUCACCGCCACUCGACGAAGAAAUUCUAGACCAUCUACAACGCGGCGACCUGCCGCCACCCGAUUACGGGUACACGAUGGUUAGGGAUAGGAAACGUGCGUCCACAUCCGGUAGAGGCCGCCCCCGACGCGUGCAUACGCGCACGAUUAUCGAGCUACAUCUAGAAGUGCUGAACGAAUGUGAAGCAACCGAGUGGGAAAACGUCAAAGAGGACUAUUUGCAGAUUGUCGUGCAGGAGUUUGCGCAGGAGUUGAUGCGGCACGAGGACACGAAUAACAAUAUCUUGGGUGUUUCUACCUCAGACCAGGGUUUAUCAGGGAACCAUGUUUCCUUCACCGUGGAUCCAUCCACUGACGCCGACGGAACGGAUGCAUGUCCACCACAUGACCCCGAUCCAUGCAGUUGUAUGGACACUAUACAGUUACCAACGGACCCUUGCCCACCCAAUGCACACGACCCCGAUCCAUGGAGUUGCAUGGAAAACAUACAGUUCGCAACGGACCCUUGUCCACCUAACGAAGGUAACCCCGAUCCAUGGAAUUGUAUGGACACCAUGGCGUUAGCAACGGACCGUUUUCCACCUAACGAAGAUAACCCAUGGAGUUCUAUGGAAACUAUACAAUUACAAACGGACCCUUCUGCUUCUAACGACGAUAACCCCGAUCCAUGCAAGUGUAUGGAAACCAUACAGUUAGCAACGGACCCUUCUGCUUCUACCGAAGAGGACCGAUGGCAUUGUAUGGAAACCAUACAGUUAGAAACGGAUCAAUGUCCACCUAACGAAGAUAAGCCCGAUCCAGCCACACACACACCCACCUGUGCUGAUCCUACGCCCGACAUCACACAAAAACCUGGCCAAGCUGACCCAGUCCUGCACAUACCCACAUGUGAAACCGUCACGCAUACCACCACGCGUGAGGACGCUAGGGCCAAAAUCACAGACAUACCCACAUGUAAAGCAGUCACAGACAGACACACAUGUGAGGAUCCUAAGCCCGAAAUCACACAACCACCAGGCUCCGUGCUGAACGAAUGUGAAGCAACCGAGUGGGAAAACGUCAAAGAGGACUAUUUGCAGAUUGUCGUGCAGGAGUUUGCGCAGGAGUUGAUGCGGCACGAGGACACGAAUAACAAUAUCUUGGGUGUUUCUACCUCAGACCAGGGUUUAUCAGGGAACCAUGUUUCCUUCACCGUGGAUCCAUCCACUGACGCCGACGGAACGGAUGCAUGUCCACCACAUGACCCCGAUCCAUGCAGUUGUAUGGACACUAUACAGUUACCAACGGACCCUUGCCCACCCAAUGCACACGACCCCGAUCCAUGGAGUUGCAUGGAAAACAUACAGUUCGCAACGGACCCUUGUCCACCUAACGAAGGUAACCCCGAUCCAUGGAAUUGUAUGGACACCAUGGCGUUAGCAACGGACCGUUUUCCACCUAACGAAGAUAACCCAUGGAGUUCUAUGGAAACUAUACAAUUACAAACGGACCCUUCUGCUUCUAACGACGAUAACCCCGAUCCAUGCAAGUGUAUGGAAACCAUACAGUUAGCAACGGACCCUUCUGCUUCUACCGAAGAGGACCGAUGGCAUUGUAUGGAAACCAUACAGUUAGAAACGGAUCAAUGUCCACCUAACGAAGAUAAGCCCGAUCCAGCCACACACACACCCACCUGUGCUGAUCCUACGCCCGACAUCACACAAAAACCUGGCCAAGCUGACCCAGUCCUGCACAUACCCACAUGUGAAACCGUCACGCAUACCACCACGCGUGAGGACGCUAGGGCCAAAAUCACAGACAUACCCACAUGUAAAGCAGUCACAGACAGACACACAUGUGAGGAUCCUAAGCCCGAAAUCACACAACCACCAGGCUCCGGUAACGCAGUCACAGACACACCCACAUGUGAUCAUCCUCAGCCCGACAUCACAGACAUAACCACAUCCCACACUACCACGUGGCUGCGUUGGAUUGAUCGCAACAAGCACCUAUUCCAGGCGUGCACGGGGCAAACAUGGUUCAAUGAAAUCAAAUCGGAUUGGAAACAAUACUUGCGCGAGCAUGUGCCAGACGCAGCAUCCGGUGAGCACAGGACAGCCGCAAGCAUGGACAGCAAGAAGCACGCAUGGAAACAAUGGGUUGCAAAACAACAUGACCUUAUGAAUACAUAUAGUGAGGAGCAGUGGUUUCAACAUUUGUUAGAAAAUAUCGAGGAGCAGACAGAAUCGCACAACGGCCAAGCACCUAUAGUGGAAAACGACUUAGAAGUGGAAAAAGUAAUGGCCGCAGAAGAUAUCCUAAAAGUGAGAGAUGUACCACGGUCGCAACUGCAUCGGCAAAGUUACAUGAAAAAACCGUUAACCGCCCUCAAAUUGUGGAUGCUACUCUUCGCAUCCGUAAUCGAAGAAUGCGAGCUCGAGAGUAGUAUGCAGCAGACGGAGUUAUAUGUGGAUGCCCUAUUGCAAAAGCUCUGA